AUUGACAUGAAUCAUGUACUCUAUUUGUUUAUUAUCCGAUUUGACAUUUCAGAGUUGAAAAAGAAGUUUGACAUUUUUAAAGAUUCUGAAAAUUUCAAAGAACAUUUCAGAGAAACUCUACCAUCUGCCUUUAAAAGGAUUGCACCUGGCUUGUAAAGGUGUCGAGGACUAGCGGCCUAUAAUUCAAGGAUCUUUUAAAGCCUGGUGAUAGAUUUCGCGAAAUAUAACCAACCUUGGUUUGCUGAAAUCCUACCUGUUUUUCCCAAAGGUUACUUAUUAGGGCCACUGGAAUUACCACCCAAUUGGUAGGUAGAACUUUGGAGUAGAUGGCCCCUUUGCAGUUCAACCAUGAAGUAUCGUAUGUUGAACAAGCGCAAGCAAGCGACUCCUUCGCCAGUGAGGCAAUCCGAGGUGGAAGACACAUCCUUGGCCAACCAUAGUGCCCUGGAACUGGAGGCAGCUGCAGCUCUCCUGCUCCUUCGAUACCAAUACGAUCGACAGGCCUGCAGCAAUAUUAUAUCCUACACCGAAUCCUGCUCUCCUCCAACUCCUCCGCCUGCUGUGGCGGAUAAUACAACGCCAAAAGAUCAGACUGUUCGUCCUCCAGUCGCCAGUCAGCCGCUGAAGAAACGCUCCAUACCAUCGCAUCUCCUCAGAAGAUCCGUAACGCCUGCCAAAUCCGAGAGUUCGGUGAUCAAUAAAUCUAUAGUCAAGGCCAAAACCAGGACUCCAAUUCCCGGCAAUGAGCGCAGCUGCAACAGGUCCCUGCUGAAAUCCUGCAGGAAUAUGAUACGUGAAUUCUUGGACAAUCAGGAGCUCAUCUAAAAACAAAUAACA